AUGGCAUCUGCGUCUGUUGAUGCGGCCGCGGGGGCGACAGCCGCCAACGAUGCUCCGGCUCCCAGGAAAUACAAAGCCUCUGAUCUUCCUCUGCCGUCUGCCACCCGAGCUGCCAUCGAUUCACUGGCGCAUAGCUUCAAGAAGAAGGGAGGCUACGACGCAAUUCGUAAAGAAGUGUGGGACAAGUUCGCUGCCAGCGACUACGAGGAACAAGUUACGAAAGCCAUCCUCGAGGUCGCCGAACACGAGGUUCAACGAAACCCCCACCAACUUCUCACACUCGACCGCGGAAAGGCUGCCGCCCUUAUUGAUGGCGCUCUCGAGCGAUCUGGCGUCUACCAAAAGGCCGAGCAAGUCAUUACGCAGCUCAUUGAUAAGAAGGCGAUCGAGGAGCGAAUGCGCCAGCUUCGUCGAGCCGACAUUGGCGAGGAAGAAGCGACCGCGGAGCAACAGCGAGGCGCCAAAACAGACGAGGAAUACCAUGCAGAUACUAUGGGCAGAAGAGCUGAGCGGGAGAGAGUACGCGAAGAGCUAAGGCAGAAGGAGCUAGCCAUCGAAGAAGAAAAGCGUAAGAUCGCCAGAGAGGAGCGAAAGAAGGUCGAAAAGGAGCGCGAAAAGGCGGAGGAGCAGCGCAAGGCAGAACGAGACGCCCGCAGAGCCGCUAGGGAAAAGGCUCAGGCUGAGCGAGACGCCGAGCGAGACGAACGCCGCAGGCAAAGAGACAGGGAGCGGAGUCGAGACCGGAAUCGCGAUAGGAGUCGAAGCCGCAGCCGUCGAAGAGACCGGGACCGCGAUCGCGAACGUGACCGUGAACGCGAUGCCGAACGCGAGCGUGAGCGGCAAGAGGAAAGGGAACGGAGACGCAAACAGCGAGAAGAGGAGACUGAGAAGGCCAAGAAGAAUCUCACCCAGGAAGACAUGAAGAGGCUCGAAGAGGAAGCCCUUCUGGAUCUCUUGCGCGAAAGCACUCACGGUGCAGCGAAGCAACCCGAGAUGGAAAUUGAUGAGGCGUUGGCUCCCCCGCCUAGAAAGCUGGCACCAGCGUCUGCUAUCAUGCCUAUCAAGAAGGUCUCUUCGCGCGACUCGCCAAAGGUCUCGGAAUCCAAAAAGCCCUCUGAUCCGGUGGUCAAGAAAGAAGCAAGAGAUGGCAGUGUGGCUGCCGCGCCAAAGGUUGAGACGACAGAGACACGGACCAGAAGCCGCAGCGUCGCACGAGAGAUGAUGAUGACCGCCGCAGACGUGAUCGUCGUUCCAGGUCACCCCGCCGGGACCGUUCUCGCGACAGACGUGACAGAUCUCGCUCCCGGUCACGACCUAGACGCGAUAGGAGUCGAUCUCGGACACGUACAGAGAGGCGAGAUAGGACUCGUUCUCCUUCCCGUACCAGAACUCGACGCGAUCGGAGCCGUUCUCGCACACGACACGAUCGUCGCGACAGAAGCCGUUCCCGCUCUCGCGUUAGGGACCGUAGCCGGGAUCGGCGCAACGACAGACGGGACAGAAGUCGCUCCCGAACGAGGACAGAGCGACGUGAAAGGAGUCGCUCACGCACUCGGGUAG